UGUGGAAGUAUAAAAACACUUGAAGUAAAUAUAUUAUAUAUUAAAUCAAAAUUAAUUGUAUCCCCAACUUUUAUAUAUAUAUAUAGUAAUUGAAAAUGGUUCUCGAGGCUACUAUGAUAGCCAUUGAUAACUCAGAAUAUAUGAGAAAUGGUGAUUAUUUAACUACUAGAUUUGAUGCUCAAUUAACUGCUACUGAAUUUAUCUUUCAAAGUAAAACAUCAUCAAAUCCUGAAAAUACUGUUGGAUUACUUGCAUAUGGUGGUAGUGGACCUCAAGUUUUAUCAACAUUAACUAAUGAUUUUGGGAAAUUAUUAUCAGGAGUUCAUGAUGUAAAAAUUUCUGGUGGUAAUCAUUUUUCAAGUGGAAUUCAAGUAGCAGCUUUAGCUUUGAAACAUCGUCAAAAUAAAGUUCAACAACAAAGAAUUGUUGUAUUUGUUGGAAGUCCAAUUCAAGAAUCAGAAAAGGAAUUGGAAAAAUUGGCGAAAAAGAUGAAAAAGAAUAAUGUGGCUAUAGAUAUCAUAAAUUUUGGAGAAGAAUCAAUAAAUACUACAAAAUUAGAAAAAUUUAAUAAUACUAUAAAUAAUCAUGAUAAUUCUCAUCUUGUAACAGUUCCUCCUGGUCCAAGAUUAUUAUAUGAAGUUAUAGCUUCUUCACCUAUUUUAGUAGAAAAUGGUGAAGUUGGUGGAGGUGAUUAUGGAGAUUUUGGAGUUGGCGGAUUUGGUGGUGCUGGUGGUGAUGGAUUUAUGGAUGCUAAUAUGGAUCCAGAUUUAGCAUUAGCUUUAAGGCUUUCUUUAGAAGAAGAAAAGGCAAGACAAGAUCGUGAAGCAGCAGAAAAGGCUAAACAAGAUGGUUCAACUACUAUACCAUCAAAUGAAUUAGAAAAGAUAGACGAAGGGAAAGAAGAUGAAGCAAAUAAUGAUAGCUCUAACAAUAAUGAUGUAAAUAUGGAAUAGAUUCUUUAUAUUUCUUCAAUAUACAUGAUACGAUAACUCAAUUGUAAUACA